AUGCUCGCCGCUGUCCUCCUUGUCGCAGCGACCGUUAACGCCGCCGCCGCCAUCGGCAACGACUUGGCGCCUCGUGACAACAAUCUCGGUAACCUUCUCGCCUCUCCUGACGGCAAGUCGGAGACUGGCUACGUCGCGAUUGACGGCCUCUCCCUGGGCCAGGACGUCGGUAUCGACGGUGGUGCCCGCUACGUCGGCAAGGACAACAAGGGCAUCCAGCUCUUCCAGUUCAAGGACGGUUCCGUCGCUCCUCUCACCUACGAGCCUGGCGAGACGAAGAACAUUUCUGUCACGAACAACCUCUGUGAGGGGUGCUCCGACUCGAGCGGCUUUGCCAAGCGUGAACUCUCGACCCGAGACCUCCCUGUCUCGACUGGCGGUAACGAUGGCGGCGAGACGGGAGGUAAUGCCGACUUUGGGGACAUUAAGAUUGGCCAAGACGUCGGUUCGUCUGUUGGUCUCGAUGGCGCCAAGUAUGUCGGCAAGGACGACAACGGGACCCAGCUCUUCCAGUUCCCAGACGGCGAUGUUGCGCCUAUUGUCCUCUCUCCGGGUGCUCCCGCCCCGGGCUACACCUACAACGAGGCUACUGGUCUCUGCGACGGAUGCGAGGACUCUGAGGGUUGGACCCGUAAGCGCUCGGUUGAUGAGGAACUCGAGCUUGCCGCGCGCGAGGCCGAGGGUUACUACGAGGUCACCCGGUCGAACAAUGAGGAGCGCUUCUUCCUCAGCUUCCUCAGCUGUCUAGGCAAGAAGAUCAUCAUCGGCAAGGAACUCUUCUUCGGCCCCGGUCUCUGGGGUUGCAACGUCGCCUACGGCGGUUACAUCAACAUCAAGGGUUGCCUUCGCGGCACCUACAUCGGUAUCAAGAACGGAAUCUAUGCUGGCUGCAACCCCCGUGGCGUGCAGAUGUUCCACUUCCCCGGCCUCGGUGUUUGCCCGCUCAAGUGCAUCAAGGGUCCGGUCCGCAUCGGCUGGGAGGUCAAGAACGGCAUCUGCAGCGGCUGCCACCACUCUGGCUGGGGCAUCAAGGCCGGCUGGUGGCGCCGUAACGAGAUUGCCAACGAGCGUGACGUUGAGGUUCGGGAGGCCGAGCCCGUGCAGCAUGAGGAGCGCUUCCUCUUCAGCCUCCUUGCUCUCAAGCUCCAGGUCGGCACCGCCCUCUUCCUCGGCAAGGGCCGCGUCAUCUCGUAUUUCUCUCACGGGGGAUAUGUCAACAUUCCCAGCUGCCACCUCGGCACCAGCAUUGGUAUCCACGGGGGCGUGUACGUCGGCUGCGACAAGCUGGGCGUCCAGUUGUUCAAGUGGGCCGACGGUAGUGUUGGACCCCUCAAGUGCCUCAAGGGGGCUAUUCGCAAGGCCUGCAAGGUCCGCAACUACCUCUGCGACGUGUGCCACCACGACGGCCACUACUGGGGUAACCGCUGGGGCCGUGACGCCAAGAUCAACCAGCUCGACUAA